AUGAAUGAAAGAAAUUUAAAUUUAAAUAUUAAUACACCAAAUCUCACACCAAAUAAUGAAGGAGGUAGCUAUGGACCAUCAUCAUAUGCAGGAAUAAAUUUCACACAAUUUAUCUCUCAAGGUGGCAUUUUUCCAAUCGAUAAACAACCAGUUAGAUUAGACUCGGAUAGUGAAUCGAAUAAUUCCCCAAGGAGGCUCGUCUGUAAUUUUUUAAAACAACACUCUUCUUAUGAUGUAUUACCUGUUAGUUAUAGAAUAAUUGUCUUGGACACCAGUUUACUCGUUAAAAAAGCACUUGCUGCCUUAAUGCAAAAUGGAAUCGUAUCAGCACCACUUUGGGAUUCAACAAAUCAAAAUUUUGCUGGAAUGUUGACCGUAUCGGAUUUUAUAAAUUUAAUACAAUAUUACUAUAAACAUACUUCUUAUGCCGUUGCUAUGGAAGAAAUUGAACAAUUUCAAAUUCAACAAUUAAGAGACGUCGAAAGUCGUGUUGGUGCACCACCUCCACAAUUAUUAUCGAUACACCCUCUAAAAUCAUUGUUCGAAGCAUGUAAAUUAUUGGUAGAAGCACGUGCACAUCGAUUACCAUUGGUUGAUACGGAUUCCGAAACUGGACAAGAAAUGAUUGUAUCCGUGUUAACCCAAUAUAGAAUUCUGAAAUUUAUCGCAAUGAAUUGUAAGGAGACUAAAGCAUUAAAAAAACCUUUAUCAGAAAUUAAAAUUGGCGUUUAUGAAAAUCUUGCUACUGCUCAAAUGUCCACACCCGUUAUUGAAGUUGUAAAUCUUUUUGUGGAACGUCGAAUAUCUUCAGUCCCCAUAAUCGAUGAAAAUGGUAAUCAUAGAACUUUGGUUCGAGCUGGAACAUACCAUGUAAUGGAUAUUCUAGUUGGCGAAGCAUUAUUACGCCGUCCUGAGGAUUUUCCUGGAGUUCAUACUUGUACACUAAGUGAUACACUUCAUUCAAUAUUUGAUUUAAUAAAAAAUGCACCAGUACAUCGUUUAAUAGUUGUAGAUUCUGAAAAUAAGUUACAAGGAAUCGUUUCAUUAUCUGAUAUCAUGCGUUAUUUAGUUACUUGA